GAUAGUGGGGUAUAAUGUUUGUGUUUUGAUUGUGUAUUUUGCAUUUAUUGUUUCAUUUGUGUUUGUGUAAUGUAUUGUUAUUGUGUGAAUUCACUGGAUCAAAUGGAUAGACCUUUAAAACAAUCUUGGCACGCCAGAUAAACGUAUAAUCGAAGUCGUUUUUGUAUUAUGACGCAGCAUGAUGAAGUUAGCAGGUCUCGUAAGAGGCUUUUCGAUGCUCUCGGUAGCAAUGCGAGCAAGUAUCUGGUGCUUUUGCGAUUAUGGUUUCAAAUGAAGAAAAGCAAGGAAGAAUUUGAUCAGUCGGCUAGGAAGCUCUUAACGUCAGAUCAAGUGCACCUACACAAUGCAUUUAUUAUUACCUUGAUCACAAAAUGUCACCGCCUUUCUCCGCAUCCACCUUCUAUCUAUGAAAAUUCAGGCCGUGGCCGUGGAGGAAAGGGCCGCCGUCGCAACCGUGCUGAACGUGGUGGUUUUGAACCUGUGGACGUUUUUGACUACAUGCUUCCUAUGCAACAAAUACCGUCACAUGCGCAACAGGAUGCUGUUCGACUUCUGGCCCAGGAAAGGUUUCUGCCAGAUUUUCCAUUUAUGUAUAGUCGGACUAUGCUUGGUGCAUGGGAGCAUGGCCUUGAAGGGGCAGAGGAUGGUGCUGUAAAGCUUAUUAUGUCAGCAGUGUUGGCAUUGCUGCGCAACAUUAUAUUUGCAACGAUUUGUCGCAGAAAAUCCUUUCAUGUUCUUGACAGUCGUUCUCCAUAUGGUGUUAAUAAACCAUAUAUUAACAAAUGGCUCAGGAGGAAGCUGGAUAAACCUCUUAGGUGUAGUGUUUUAAGGGGAAAGCCUGAUGAAAAGGGAGCAUCAUGCAGCCGACUUAGAAUUCUUGGACCAACAUACGAAGAAAUGGAACAACGUUAUAUAUUUGAACUCGCAUGUUCACCUCGGCAGCCUCCACCCAACAGGCCAAUAAGCUUAUAUGACCUACUUGAAACAGUGCAGGUGCAUCGAAAUGUGAUUCCAUCUGCAAGUGUAAUGUCUCUUCUGGAGGAGAGAAUUUUUGAUCGCCUAAUUCACCGGACUCAUGAGGAGAUGAGGGCUAAGCGUGUUCUUGAUAACUCAAUGUUUCUUUCAACUGAUCACCAUAAUUCCACAUUUAAAUCAAACAAUGAAAUGUUUCAGAUUAUGCUCAGAAUUGUGGAAAUGGCACAAAUAAAAAAUGAAGUACAAAUGCAAAAAAAUUUUAUGAGAGAACAAUAAGGAAAUUUAUAAAGUAAGUAUAAUGUAGAAGGGACUGUAUGUUGUAAGAGACUGUAAUAACGAUAAGAUGAUGGCAUUUAAUGAAGUGCACUAUGCCACAGGUUGGAAAUGGGAACCAAGGAGACGACUAUGGUGUCGCAGCUGCUUUAUGUUGGUUAAGGUGGUGGUAGUUGCAAUGUUUACUAUUUCAGUAGUGAAAUACUUAAGAAUUAAAACAAAGCAAUAAAUUUGUUAUGUAGCUAUGUGAAUGUGUAUAUGAGUACAUGACCAUUGUUCCUUGUAAUAUCUGAAGUGAUAUGAAUGAGGUAGGUCAUGUGAAAACAAUUAUAGACUGUUAAACUAAUUAUAGAUUAAAUAUACAAAAUUAUGCUAUAUAACUGAAAUUAAUAAUUGUUAUUAUUAAUCAUGAAACUCAGUAUGCAAAUGUAAGAUAUUACUGGUUUUUUCCCUACAAAUAUAGAUAUUGAGUAGUAUUUUCCCUCACUUCAUAUAAGAAGGUGAAUGAGAGCAGUUUUAUUGCACAGAAAUGAUAGGGCCCAGAGUAUUUUUGGUUGCUUGAUUUAUUCACGAGAGGGAACCAAACAGCAAGGUCAUCAUCAAGUGGCAGCAAGAUGGAAACACAGGUAAACCAGGAACCCCUGAAUAAAGUUUGGAGGAAAAGAGUCUUUUAAGGUUUACAACAUAGGAGAAGUUGGCGAAAACACUAUAUGGUUAUAGACUUACUAGAGAAGUGUAAGAGGGGAAGAUAGCAAUUUUAAGCCCUUCUACAUUUUUCCAUCUGCUGUUGCUUGGCGCAUAAAUUUUCUCUGUCCAUAGUAUCUGUAUUUUCAGUUUUAUUUCAUGGUUCUUAGCCAUCUUGCAAGCCUCAAAAGAGCUCGGCUGCAAGGAAAUCAUAUGUAAUGAGUCACCAUUAAUCAUUUCUGUUUUAUGUACCUGCCUGCUGCUCAUCACUUUCUUUUGAAGCUGAGUGGUGGUUGAAUCUCUAACUCUUUGUUACCAUUCCAUUAUUGUACCAUCUGUCAUGUAAUACACAACUUCGGUACUCGUUUUAUUAUUUGUUAUUGUUUUUACCACCACAUUGCUAUAUAGAGAGUAAAAUAAGCUAAUCACCACAUCGCUAUAUAGAAAGUGAAAUAAGCUAAUCACCAAUGUUUUAAUUCUCUCUGGUGUAUCCAUCAGAAGUAAUAUUUCAUUCCAUGAGAUAGUGUUGAAUCAUGCAGUGCAGGCUUUCACAGGCAGUAUUUACAUCCUUGGUGGAUUUUUAAUGAGCAUUAGGCCAGGCUCUUAAGAUACGUUUCUGUGCCUGAUGUUGUAUCUGCAUAUACUGGAGACUUCAUCAAAAGCUAGGAAAACUGUAAUGGCUGCUAUAUUAUCUUCAGUGGAAAACAAGAGCCACUUUGUACAUCAUUUAUCUGUUCUUAAUUUACUAAAGAGAGAUGCCCACCUUGAAUACUGCUCUGACAAUUUAACUGUGGAAUUUUGAUCCACUUUUGUAGAAAAUCUGUAGAAUUGUGUAUACAGCUAUAUUAGACCAUGUUAGUGUUCUCAGAGUGGGCUUGCCUGGGGGAAAAAAAAAAAAGAAAGAGUGUUGACUGUCUGAUGAAGUCUGCAGCAUUAGUACAUGAAU